AUGCGGAUGUUUGCUUAUGGAGUAUUUGCAGAAUUUGUGGAUGACUACGUGCGGAUUGGUGAAAGCACGACUAUUGAAAGUGUUAAAAGGUUUGUCAAGGUCGUUGUUGCAAUUUUCGCCUAUGAGUAUUUGAGGUCACCAAACAAUGGCGAUAUCAGAAGAUUGCUAGAGAUUGGAUCUCAUAAUGAUAUUAACGUCUUGGAAAGGUCAAAUCUCUUUACUGAACUUACUGAAGGUCGUGCCCCUCCAGUUAAAUACUCUAUUAUGGAAAGGUCAAAUCUCUUUACUGAACUUACUGAAGGUCGUGCCCCUCCAGUUAAAUACUCUAUUAAUUUGCAUGAGUAUACGAUGAGAUAUUACAUUGCUGAUGGUAUAUACCCACAAUGGUCAACAUUUGUAAAAACAAUUUCUGCUCCACAAGUAAAUAAGAGGAAAAUUUUUGCACAAGCUCAAGAAUCAGCAAGAAAGGAUGUAGAGCGAGCAUUUGGGGGUCCUCCAAGCACGCUUUGCAAUUACGAGCGAGAUAUUAAUCAAUGCGAUUUCAACUAUGAUGCAAUCGAUGAAAGUCCAACUAUAUCAUUGUCUCGUGAGCGCACACCACAAUUUCUUGAAAUUAUUCAAGCCCAUCAUCGCAUUAGAGACAGACAAACACAUUCUCAACUUCAGGCAGAUCUUAUUGAGCAUUUGUGGCAACAUCAUGGUAGAGACUAG